ACCAUCAUUUGGUUGCAGGGCAAAGGGAUCCCCCACCCCCACCCCCACCCCCACCGGACUUAAUCAAUCCGGUGAUUCCCCCCCUCUCCCUCCCUCCGCGGUUGUGGUCCGUCAGUCAGUCGGGGCCCUGCUUCUUGUUGGUUGGUUGGUUGGUCCGGGCGCCCCUCCUCCUCGUCGUCGUCGUCGCCUAGUGGAGCCUGCCAUCCACCUGCUCCUCGUCGCCUUCCUCUCCCUCCCCCUCCCUACUGCCCCCUCCGCACACCGCCCGCCGGCGCCGCCAGAGGUCGCUUUCCUCCCCCGCCCCACCCCUCGGAUCACCACCACCACCGAGCAGGUAAUAGAGCCAGGAUUCUUGCCAGCACAAAUGACGAUCUGUAGCUGCGAGGAGACUAUCAAUGAGUUCGAGAUGUUGUCACGCGAUGCUGCGCGCGUGCAGCUGGAUACGCUGAAAAAGAUCCUUGAGACGAAUGCCGAUGCUGAAUACCUGAGACAGUUUGGCCUCGACGGGAGGACUGAUGCCAAGAGCUACAAAUCUUGCAUCCCGUUGUGUGUGCACAGCGACGUUGAACCUUUCAUCCAGAGGGUUGCUGAUGGUGAUAGCGCACCAGUGGUCACCGGGAAGCCCAUCACCUCCCUCUCCCUCAGUUCUGGCACGACACAGGGAAAGCCUAAGUUCCUGCCAUUUAAUGAUGAGUUGCUUGAGAACACACUUCAAAUAUUCCGUACUUCCUACGCAUUUAGGAACCGUGAAUACCCUAUCGGCGGAGGAAAAGCUUUGCAAUUUGUUUAUGGUAGCAAGCAAGUCUUGACGCCUGGUGGCAUCCUUGCUACAACUGCAACAACAAACCUGUACCGGAGUCAACGCUACAAGGAAGGGAUGAAGGAUAUUCAGUCUCAAGGCUGCAGCCCUGACGAAGUUAUCUUUGGCCCUGACUUCAACCAGUCCUUAUAUUGUCAUUUGCUCUGUGGGUUGAUAUACUCGGACGAGGUCCAUUUCGUGUUCUCGACAUUUGCUCACAGCCUAGUGCAUGCAUUUCAAACACUGGAGGAGGUCUGGGAGGAGCUGUGCGCUGAUAUAAGAGAUGGUGUUCUUUCAGAAAAAAUCACAGUGCCAUCAAUUCGUGAAGCUGUUUCAAAGAUCCUGAGGCCCAACCCUGAGCUUGCUGACUCGAUCCACAAGAAGUGUGCAGGUUUGAGCAACUGGUAUGGUGUGAUCCCGGCACUGUGGCCGAAGGCAAAGUACGUGUAUGGCAUCAUGACAGGGUCCAUGGAGCCGUAUCUGAAGAAGUUGCGGCAUUAUGCUGGGCACUUGCCACUGAUCAGUGCCGACUACGGCGCGUCUGAAGGAUGGGUUGGCUCUAACAUCGACCCCACGGUGCCGCCUGAGCAGGUGACUUAUGCUGUUCUGCCGCAGACUGGUUAUUUUGAGUUCAUUCCCUUGGAGAAACCAACAGGGGAGGAGACAGAGAACAGUGCAGCUAUCCAUUACAUAGAGUCGGAGCCGGUUGGCUUAACUGAAGUUGAGGUUGGCAAAAGCUAUGAAGUUGUGCUAACUACCUUUGCAGGCCUAUAUCGCUACAGGCUAGGAGACGUGGUGAAGAUAGCCCGCUUCCACAACUCGACGCCGGAGCUCCAGUUCAUCUGCCGCCGGAGCCUGGUGCUGAGCAUCAACAUUGACAAGAACACCGAGAAGGACCUGCAGCUGGCCGUCGAGGAGGCAGCCAAGCUGCUGGAAGGGGAGAAGCUGGAGAUCGUGGACUUCACGAGCUACGUGGAGAAGUCGACCGACCCGGCCCGCUACGUGAUCUUCUGGGAGCUGAGCUCUGAGGCCACAGACGAUGUUCUUAGCGGCUGCGCCAACGCCCUGGACUUGGCAUUCCUCGAUGCGGGCUACAUGGGGUCGAGGAAGACCAAGACCAUCGGGCCGCUUGAGCUCCGGGUCCUGAGGAAGGGCACCUUCAGGGAGAUCCUGAUCCACUUCCUGAGCCUAGGCGGCGCGGUGAGCCAGUUCAAGACGCCCCGGUUCGUGAGCCCGGCCAACGGCAAGGUGCUGCAGAUACUGAACCGGAACGUCGCCAAGAGCUACUUCAGCACCGCGUAUGGGCUAUGACAGAAGCAAAAAUAAUUUGCCUGCUGCUGGGUUUAACAGGGGCCUGUAAUUAUCCUUCUUUUCUGUUCCUUUUUCUUUUUUUUUUGCUGGUAUCUUUUAGUAGUCUCCUCAUCAAGGAGGAACCGUUGUUUAUUUUAGUCCGUUUGAAUAAUGUUUUCUUUCUUAUGAUGAUCAAAUCUGGUGCUGGGGCUAGAAUCUAUGUAAAUUGCCUUCUGCAUGCAGCUGUAGCGAAAUGUAUGAAAUGAGGAAAAGGAAAGAAAACUAGUGUUUAUAUGUUCA